AUGUUUCUUCUUCUUCUUCUUCUUCUUCUUCUUCUUCUUCUUCUUCUUCUCUAUUUUUUCUUCACACUUCGUCCUCGUCAUUGUCUUUUUUCUUCAGCUCCUAGUAUUUGUCUUCGCACUUCGUCCUCGUCAUUGUCUUUUUCUUCUUCAGCUCCUAGUAUUUGUCUUCACACUUCGUCCUCGUCAUUGUCUUUUCUUCUUCAGCUCCUAGUAUUUGUCUUCACACUUCGUCCUCGUCAUUGUCUUUUCUUCUUCAGCUCUACUCCUAGUAUUUGUCUUCACACUUCGUCCUCGUCAUUGUCUUUUUCUUCUUCAGCUCCUAGUAUUUGUCUUCACACUUCGUCCUCGUCAUUGUCUUUUUCUUCUUCAGCUCCUAGUAUUUGUCUUCACACUUCGUCCUCGUCAUUGUCUUUUUCUUCUUCAGCUCCUAGUAUUUGUCUUCACACUUCGUCCUCGUCAUUGUCUUUUUCUUCUUCAGCUCCUAGUAUUUGUCUUCACCUCAGAUCCUCUUUACUGUGUCUUCUUUUUUUUCUUCUUCUUCAGCUCCUAUUUUUUCUUCACUCCUCAUCCUUCUCAAUAUGUCUUCUUCUUCCUCUUCUUCUUCUUCUUCUUUAG